AUGGGAAACUCGAAUUCACAGGAAGAAGAAGAUAGGUCUUCGGCCCAACGCAGAAGUCAGAUAGAUCAAUUGGCUCGAGAAGAAGCAUUCUAUCGAUUUGUGAAUAACCUGAGUGAAGAAGAUUACAAUCUUAUGAGGGAUAACAAUUUGCUAGCCACCAUAGGUGAAAGUACAGAAGAAGAACUGAUGAGAAGACUACAACAAAUUAAAGAGGCUCCACCACAGGAAUUGGGUGAAGGAAACUCUUCAGAGAAUGCAUCUAGUGAUGAUCCUACAGUAGGGUGGAUUACCACUUUUAGACAAACUGAAAAUAUGACAGAAAGGGAGCAAGGAGAUAAUCAAUCUUGGACAUCAACAAGUUCAAAUAAUUCAAGCAAUAGUGAUUUUGGAUGUAGUGGAGGAAUGAACUUUAACCUUCUUAAUAGAAGCCCAGAUCAAGAGACUGGACAUUUAACCUUUGUACGACUUCUUGAAAGAGAAUAUACAGAAAACAGUCAGAGGCAAGGGGAAAAUCCACUAUCAGAGUCAACAGAAACAAGUUCAUCUGGAUCCAAAGAAAAUGCAACUGAAGCCUUUAUGGAGGUCCCACCUACCAGAGGUCAGAGAAGAUCAAGAAGCAGAAGCCCAGAAACUCGGAGAACCAGACCAAGAAUUGAAAGUAGUUUAUCCCAAAAUAGACAGCAUGAAAUGGUAAUGAUAUUACAUUACUGUACAUCACUUGAGAUUUUUGAGUGUAUUCAGGUAAAUGAGCCAGAGAUAUAUGCUAGAAUUCAGCAGAAUGGGGCAUUGAGAGGGCAAAUAACCAGACCUGAAUUGCAAAGUCAGGAUCUUCCUUCAACUUCUGCAACAGGGAAUGCCUUUGCAGAAGACUAUUCUCCAAAUACAACCAAUGACAAUGAGUCUGAGGGAUUCAGACCAAGAAAUCCAAUCACACUAGAAAACAGAGAGAGUGAAGUGGAAAAUCCACCUGACUCAAUAGUUACAAGGGCUUCUAUAUCAGAUGGAAGUGCAACUGAAACAUUCGUGGAAAUCCCAUCUACCAGAGGUCAGAGAAGAUCAAGAAGCAGAAACCCAGAAACUCGGAGAACCAGACCAAGAAUUGAAAGUAGUUCACCCCCAAAUAGACAGCAUGAAAUGUUGAUGAGAUUUCAUUAUUGUACAUCAACUGAGAUUAAUGAGUGUAUUCAGAUAAAUGAGCGAGAGAUAUAUGCUAGAAUUCAGCAGAAUGGGGCAUUGAGAGGGCAAAUAACCAGACCUGAAUUGCAAAGAUUCAGACCAAGAAAUCCAUCCACACUUUUUGAUGAUCAUCCUAGAGAAUUUUUGCUGAGAGAUAGCAUAGCUAGUAGAAUUCAGUUAAUACCUGAGACACCAAACAACACUGUCACUUUAGAAAAUUAUCAGGAAGAAUUCAGAAGUAGGUUUUCACAUUCUGAGCAGGAAAGUAUGAGAUCUUCUGUUAAUACCAUUAGAAUACCUGCACCUAUUGCAAAUGAGACAACAUUAUGGCAUAUGACAGAAUUUGAUGAAUCAAGUGACCUCUUGGACAGUGACAAUCAAUUAGAGCCUAGCAGCUUACUCCUAAGUCAACACAUGGAAAAGGAAGAGUCACAGAAUGAAAGAGAUGAUUCUUGUGACAGUAUUAUUUCUAGUUCUAACUCAGAUCCUAGCUGGGAUUCUCGUUCAAGUUCCCCAGCAAUUUCCAGUUCAAGCAGCAGCUACUUGUCUAGUUCUAUGAUAUUUGAAGGCAAUAAUGAGAUAAAUGUAUCAUCAAGUUCACCAUCACAACCCAGGCAAGAAAGUCAACGGACAACACCAGCAACAUCUGAUAAAAGUGACUCUUGGCCCUUCCUAGCUCAGUUUUUCAUCUUAAAUGAAGAUCAUAACCAGCCUACAGGACUUACCAAACAACAGAUUGACGACUUGGCAGUAAGAAACAUUGAAAAGGAUGAUACAUUAAAAGCCUGUAGUAUUUGCCUUACAGAAUUUAGAGAAAACAACAAGAUCCGCAUACUACCUUGCUCCCACGAAUAUCAUAUCCUCUGCAUCGAUCGCUGGCUGUCUGAGUACUCUACUUGUCCUGUUUGUCGCAGAGAACUAACAGAUUCUGAUGGCAGAAAAAAUUCUAGUUGA